UUGGUUGAAAUGCAAAAAAAAGAAAACUAAUCCAAACUCACUGGACAUAUCGAACUUUGGAGUAGUAACUAGCCACUGAGACACAAUACAUUACGUAUAUUAUUAUUUUCUUAACACUGUAUAGUUGCAUUAAAUAUUAUCAAGUCAUCUCGAUUCGAUAUACACAUUUCAUUAUGAAAUUCGACAAACUCGAAUUAAACGUCGGUGUCAAGAGAUUUGGUAAGGCAAUCGGUCUGUCGCAACUACUUCGCAAAACCAUGGUAGGGGAAGUUUCGCAUGCCCACAAUAUUGACUAACAAAACGAUCUCAGAACGAAGUGUCCAUUCAACAGCGUUCACAUUCGUUAUUUUAGUUUUUUAUAACUUUAUUACUUAUCUAAACUGUGUCAAGUUGCCAGUAUUUUUUACUAUUUUUUUAUUAUUACUAGACAUUAUUUUCUCUCAAAUACAGAUUUUAAAAAAUAAAUAUAAAGCACUUGUAAAAUACUAAACAUGCACACGUUUAAAAUUUUGAUAUGUGUUUGUGUUAUUAUUUUGAACAAUAUACAAAGGACAAGGACUGCGGGAGAAAUGGAGGAUAUACAAAGAAUAUUUUCGCCGUGCCAUAAAUCAGCUCCCGAUUUCGAUCAAUGCAUAAAGCGGGCAUUCAACAAACUAAAGCCGUACUUCAAACGAGGUAUACCGGCGAUGGGUGUUGCGCCGUUCGAUCCGCACUUUGCUGAGGAAGUGCGCCAGACGCGCUCAGUCGGCGGCCUCGGGUACAAGCUCACGCUGCGCAACGUCUACGAGAGAGGAUGGUCCCAGUCUACAGUCACUAAAUACAAAACAGACUGGGUGAACGAACGUAUUAUCUACUCUCAGUAUUUCCCUGAGAAAUGGUUAGCUGGAGACUACGAAUUUCAAGGCGAUGCCUUCGGAUUGGGAGUGAUGCGGUCGGGGCGGUGGAACCUCACGCUACGCGACUACUCGCAGACGACGCGCAUCAAACGCGAUGGCAGCCGAGUCGAUGUACAUGUUGAGGUCGACCACAUCGGCGACAUGGACAUACACGUUGGCAACCUGCUCCUCGGCAGAAGUAUUCUUGAACAAAUGCUUGACCGCAUGAUAAAUCUGACCUGGAAGCCGGGCUUCGCGGUGAUCAGGCCGCUGAUCAACGAUCUCGUGAGCACCGCUUUCACAGACAUUUGGAGCAAAUCCUUCAAAAACUUUCCUAUCGACGCCUUCGUACAAGAUUGAUACUUGUUUUGUUUUGUAAUUUUGUAUAGUAGUAAUAAGGUGGGUUAUUAUAUCAUUAAGUCAGAUCUGCUAUGAUGGAUGCAAGUCAAUUUCAGAUUAUUGGGGAUCUAGAUAACAUAAAAUUAUUUAAAUCCCAAGAUAAUCAGACAACGACCAAAAAUUUUACU